CCCCGGCUGCGACGAGGUGCGUUCAAACCUGCUCCGGAUUCGGCCGCCUCCGCUCCGGUGGGCUGGACUUCCACGGCGCUCGCACGCUCACCGUCUCCCCGGGAGCGCGGAGCCGCGCGUCUACGCCGCUCGCCGUGUUGACGUCCCGAUUUUUAUUUUCUCUAUUCAUUUUAUUGUCAUUAUUAUUAUUAUAAUUUUCUUCAAUAGUCGCCGGAGGAGAGCGACGCCCCGAUCGCUGCCGCUGCUUCGUCGGCGUCUUUACGCGCAGGGAGCGCCGGUCGGAUCCGCCUCGCGGAUGACGCUCCGGCACACCUUCCGCGGGGGGGAGCCGCACAGGGAGAUGAACCGGGCUCGCUCGGCGUGAUUAGGCCGCGACGUUCCAGAGAAGAGAGCCUCCAGAACAAAAACGGGCGAGCGAACCUCUCGUCGACUUGCGAAGACCGAGGCAACAUGUCCAGAACCCUGAAGAAGAAGAAGCACUGGUCCGGCAAGGUGGUGGAGUGCGCGGUGUCGUGGGGCAACCUGGGCGACUUCGGCUCGGUGGUGGAGGUGCUGGGGGGCGCCGAGCUGGGCCAGUUCCCGCACCUGGGCCAGAUGAAGCUGGACGUGCUGGUGUGCCACGUCGGGAAGUUGCCCUACUACGGCGACGUCCUGCUGGAGGUCAACGGGACGCCCGUCAGUGGACUUACCAACCGGGACACGCUGGCGGUCAUACGACACUUUCGGGAGCCGGUUCGCUUGAAGACGGUCAAACCGGGCAAAGUAUUGAACGCGGACCUGCGCCACUACCUCAGUCUGCAGUUCCAGAAGGGCUCGCUGGACCACAAGCUCCAGCAGAUCAUACGGGACAACCUCUACCUGCGCACCAUCCCCUGCACCACCAGGCUCCCCCGGGAGGGCGAGGUGCCCGGCGUGGACUACAACUUCAUCAGCCUGGGAGACUUCCGGAUCCUGGAGGAGAGCGGCCUUCUCCUGGAGAGCGGCACGUACGAUGGCAACUUCUACGGGACCCCGAAGCCCCCCGCCGAGCCCAACCUGGUCCAGCCCGACCUGGUGGACCAGGUCCUGUUCGACGAGGACUUCGGCGGCGACGUCCCCCGCAAGCGCACCACCUCCGUCAGCAAGAUGGACCGCAAAGACAGCUCCGUGCCCGAGGAGGAGGACGACGACGAGAGGCCGCCGCUGGUCAACGGCUUGCCCGAGCACAAGGCCGACUGGAGGCGGGCGGUGCCCAGCUACGCCCAGUCGGGCAGCGCCAUGGACUUCCGCACGUGGAGCUCCCUCCCCCGCGACGACAGCCUGGAGCCGCUUCCGCUCAACUGGGAGAUGGCUUACACCGAGACGGGGAUGGUCUACUUCAUCGAUCACAACACCAAGACAACCACGUGGUUGGACCCCCGCUUGGCCAAGAAGGCGAAGCCCCCCGAGAAGUGCGAGGAUGGAGAGUUGCCUUACGGCUGGGAGGAAAUUGACGACCCGCAGUACGGCACGUACUACGUUGACCACAUCAACCAGAAAACCCAGUUUGAGAACCCGGUCCUGGAGGCCAAGAAGAGGCUCAGCCAGGGGACGGCCACCGUCCAGAAGGCCGCUACGUCUCACGGCAAGAGCGGCGUUGCGGGCUUCACCGCCGACCCCAACCAGCUGAAAGGCGACAUGUACCGCACGGCGCUGAAGAAAAGCUCGCAGGGCUUCGGCUUCACCAUCAUCGGGGGCGACCGCACCGACGAGUUCCUGCAAGUGAAAAACGUCUUCAGCGACGGUCCCGCCGCCCACGACGACAAAAUGGCCUCCGGUGACGUGAUCGUGGAGAUUAACGGCUUGCGCGUUCUGGGGAAGACCCAUCCGGAGGUGGUGCAGAUGUUCCAGUCCAUUCCCGUCAACCAGUACGCGGACAUGGUCCUCUGCCGGGGCUACCCGCUCCCCCCGGACGUGGACCUGGACGGCGACGACCCCCUGCCGCCGCCCCUCCCGCCGGGCAACCGCCCCGCUCAAGCGCUGCACGGCGGCGAGGUGGUGACGGCCGUGCCGCUCAUCAACGGGCAGCCGCUUUUGGUCAAGGGCGACGUCCUGCACGGCUCCUCCCAGGAGCUCCACUACGUCACCACCGACUCCAGCGGCCGGCCGGUCGUCGCCGCCUUGCCCGACGGCAGGCAGGGCGAGCCGUCCGCCGGCGCGCUGCGACCCGAGUUGGCGAGCGUGCCGCUGAUCAAGGGGCCCGGCGGCUUCGGCUUCGCCAUCGCCGACUGCCCGCUGGGCCAGAAGGUGAAGAUGAUCCUGGACGCGCAGUGGUGCCGCGGCCUCCACAAGGGGGACGUCAUCAAGGAGGUCAACGGGCAGAAUGUGCAGACGCUGAGCCACGCCCAAGUGGUGGACAUCCUCAAAGACUUCCCUGUGGGGAGUGAAGUCCAAGUGCUUGUGCUGCGUGGAGGUCAAACGUCGCCUGUGAAGAGUCUCAAGCCUAGGCAGGAAAUGACGGCCAGCACGGAGACGCUGGAUGCCGCCGGCGAUCCGGCUCCCCACGCGCUGCCUUGCCACUCCGACUCGAGUACCCUGCGCGCUGGCGGGGGCGCCGACUCCCCCAAGCGAGAGGCCGCCGAGAUGUACCUGAAAUCCAAAGCCCUGCUGGAGAGCAGACAGCCCCACACCAAAGACAUUGAUGUGUUCCUCAAGAGGGACAUCGAGACGGGCUUUGGCUUCCGUGUUCUGGGCGGAGAAGGUCCACAGCAGCCAAACGUGUUCCCGCAGGUCUACAUCGGGGCCAUCGUGCCCAACGGCGCCGCGGAGAAAGACGGCCGCCUGCGGGCCGGAGAUGAACUCAUCGGCAUCGACGGCGUGAUGGUGAAAGGCCGCUCGCACAAGCAAGUGCUGGACCUCAUGACCAACGCCGCCCGCAACGGUCAAGUCAUGCUGACCGUGCGCAGGAAAGUCAUCUACAGAGACGCCACCGAGGAGGAAGCGGCGGCGGCGGCUCAGGAAAUGGCUCCGACGCUGGCGAACGGCUCCCCCAAGCUGCCUCGGAUGCCCGUGCCCAGCGCCCUGGACCACGAGUCCUUCGACAUCACGUUGCACCGCAAGGACACCGAGGGAUUCGGAUUUGUCAUCCUCACAUCCAAGAGCAGGCCCCCGCACGGAGUCAUCCCGCACAAGAUCGGCCGCAUCAUCGAAGGCAGCCCGACGGACCGCUGCGGCCUGCUGCACGUCGGCGACCGCAUCUCGGCCGUCAACGGUCGCUCCAUCCUGGAGCUGUCGCACAACGACAUCGUUCAGCUCAUCAAGGAGGCCGGCAACGUGGUCACGCUCACCGUGGUGCCCGAGGACGAGUACAAGGGUCCACCGUCCGGCGCCAGUUCCGCUCGGCAGAGUCCGGCUCUUCAGCACCGAGCCGUCGGGCAGCGCUCGGCGCUACAGGACGAACGCUACAACCUGGACCUGGAAGACAAACGAGAUGGCGUCUCCUGGUCCCAACACAAAAACAUCCCAGUGGAGCAGCCCGGGGUUCUGUGCGUGACCGGACCCAACCAGGGCUGCGUGACCGUGGAGCUGGACAGGAGCCCCCGAGGCUUCGGCUUUAGCCUGCGAGGGGGCACCGAGUACAACAUGGGCCUGUACAUCCUGAGACUGGCCGAGGACGGCCCCGCCCAGCUGGACGGGAGGAUCCACGUCGGAGACGAGAUCGUGGAGAUCAACGGCGAGCCGGCCCGCGGCAUUUCGCACACGCGCGCCAUCGAGCUGAUCCAAGCGGGAGGAAGCAAAGUGGCGCUGCUGCUCCGACCCGGCGCCGGCCUGACCCAGGACGCCGGUAAAAAACACAUUUCUCCCUCCAACUCCCCCAGAGAGGUGUUUUUCUCGGACACAUCACCCAUGUUCUCUCCCUACAUCACCGGGGCUUCCAUCCUCUCAUCCAUUCCCGAUUCCGGCGGUCCGAGACACCCCGUCCGCCGGGGCGGCACGUCCUCGCCGCGCGGGCCGCGGGGUUUGAGCUCGGUGGCGGAGCAGGACGAGCGGCGGGGCGCGGAGAACGGGACGACGACGACGACGACGCCGGGGGGGAUGACGAGCGCCCCGAAAGCAAGGGGGACUUUUUUCGAAGCCAAAGACCAGCCUCGCGGGGCCGGGCGGACUGAGGGACGGGCGCCUGUAGCAACAACGCGCGACCGGAACAGAAGCGCCCGAACGCGGUCCUCCAGCCUGGGGGCGGGACCUCGGCCGAACGGUAUCCGGAGGCACAAGGAAUCCAGGGGCAGCGAGAGCAGAGUCGGUCUGAGUUCGGGUCCGAGCCACGACCCGGGAAGACAAGUCCUAACCCGCUCGGUCCAGAAAGACCUCAACGGCGGCCAGAGCGCCGAGGACUGGAAGAGACGUGAAGAGACUUCUCGGAAGGGUUCGUCAGUUACGCCGAGCGAGACCCAAGUCGGGGCCUCCGGGAGUCCCAGGAGCCCCCCCAAGGGUUCGCCCAAGGGCCCCCCCAUCAGCCCCGGCGAAUGGAAAGUACCCAGCCAAGUCCGGAUCCUCUCUCAGGCCGAGGUCCUCCGCCACCCUUUUUGGUAGGAUCCUCAGCCGAUUGUUCGAAGCGCUUCCAGCAAAAGUGCUCAGCGGUGGGCGACACUUUUACGGCCCUUUGAUGGUCUUUUUAGGGAGGGUGGUGGGUGGGGGGGAUACACCGGUGGCGUGUAGCAGCCCCCGGCCCGCCACCCCUCUGCUCAACGUCUCGUGUGGCAAUCGCGUCCGUUAUGCAAGGCGAGGAGGGACCUUUUUUUAUUUUUUGUUGUUGUUGUUGUUGUAUUUCGCAUGCAGUCGAUGAUUCUUUUUGACCCCCAAGAUGGUCGCCCAUCGACUUCAACUCCUGACUGUUUACUCUCGUCCGUACGCAUCCUUCAAAUGACCAGAAACUUGUGCUUUUCGGCGUCUCGUUUACUGAGCGUGCAAAACAACAGCGAUAAGAUUUUUUAUUUUAUUUUAUUAUUUUUUUUAUUUUGGGGGGGGGGGGGUCCUCGGUAUAAGCAGCUACGUAGCCCUGACUAUUCGGAAAUUCUGAACCCACCCGAGCCGAUCACAAGCCCGUCCCAGCGCAGUCGUAAAGUCGGAAUCGUGGGUGAUGUCCAGCCAGGUUUGGCGGAAGCCAUCGUGGGGGGUGGGGGGGGGGGGUCACGAUGCACCCGGGACCGGUUGCCAGGUUUUUAAAGCGAGGACACCCCGUCAACAUGCAUGUGGUGGUGGCGCCCCUCCGGCGUGGACCCGCGUCAUGUCCUUUGGAGUUGGCACAUAUCCGUUCGCAACCCCCCCCCGUGUGUGAAUAUCUCCUCAACUCCGCUGUAGUCAACCCCAAUCACGUAGCAUAACCGAUCGAUGAUAUUUACCCGUGUGAUUUGUCGCCAAUGCCGUAUAAUUUCUGGCUGAACGUCACGAGGGCAAUUUAUGGACGAGUUGGGAGUUGUGGCGCUUUGUGAAGCCCCCCCCCCGACGCAAUUCACUGUUUGGCCUGCCUCGUCUUUACUUCCUGCUGUCGAGUUUUUUUUUUUUUUAGUAACACGUCAUCAAUUGACAUUAACCCCUUUGGAAUUCCCAAAAAUACGUAGGCUAGUAUUUUGUAUUUAACGUUUUUUUUAUGGCCCCUUUGCAUCGUUUAACGAGAAACAAACCAAAAAAAAAAACAAAACAUUUGCAUUGUUUAUUAAACACUUCCGGUUGUAACUUAUUGUAUAAAAAGAUCAAAAUAUGGAUAUGAAUAUCUUUUCACAAUCUUAUCUCAUUAUUGAUGAGUAGAGUUUAGUGUCAAUAUCGAAUUAUGUGACAAAUGAUGUAUAUUUAAAGGAAAUACUACAAUGUCAUUGGCGGCGUCGUCGAGGAUCGGUAUCGAUAUCUGAUGGUGGGUCGAUACUGUAACACGAGGGAUAAAAAUGAAAUCAAUCAAUAUUUUGCCAAUGAUAGGGAUAACCUUAUGACCCGAUUAAGCGGUAAUCAAUACUAGGAAAACGUCAGAUGUAUCAAAAUAUCAGUAACCGUAUCGAGCUUCAGUAUCGGUCCUGUCAUGACAGUACAUCGAUACUGUACCAUUCGAGACAAUAAAAUAUUUUGUAAAAAAAAA